AUGCUUAACCGUCAGGAUACCGCUAUCGAAGAUACAGUGAUUGCCGAAUUGGUCGAAACUGACCUUAGCAGAUGGCAUCUUGAUUCCAGUAGAGAAGGUCAGGUUGCAUGGACAUAUGAUACAUCCAUGGGGCGGGAGAUGGGAGAACAGUCUUUUGAGACUAAAUAUUGGCUAUCAAUACAACAACAAACCCCACUCCCACCGGAUCCCAAAGGAAAUCCACUGCACGCGGCAAGGAACGGGUUUGAAUUCCUGAAGCGCAUUCAAAGCCCAGAUGGACAUUGGAGUUCUGAAUACGGCGGUAUGUCAGCUUACUUUCAAGGCAGUAUCGUUAAUCUUUAUCCUAGCCAACACCUGAAAAUCUCUCUACAUCGAUUAAUAAUCAGUUGUUAUGUCACCAAGACAGUUUUGCCUGAAGAGUUCAAAAUCGAAUUGUUGCGUUAUCUUAUCCACCACCAACGCCAAAACCAUGAUGUGUGUGACCAAGGUUGGGGACUUAAUGUUUCUCAGAAAUCAACUGUGCUUGGGACUGCCCUCAACUAUGUAGCUUGUCGUUUGCUGGGCUUAGAUGCCCAGGUACCUAUGCUUGCUCGAGCACGAAACACUUUACAUGCACUGGGCGGGGCUGCUUGUAUCCCCACAUGGGGGAAAGUAUGGCUAUCCGUUUUGAAUGUAUAUGAUUGGGAAGGAAUAAAUCCUACGCCACCCGAGAGCUGGCUUCUACCCAGUUUUCUGCCGUUUCAUCCAUCAAGGUGGUGGGUUCAUUCCCGUCAGGUUUACAUCCCGAUGAGCUACCUGGCAGGUAGAAAAGCCAAAGCGGAAUUGGAUCCCCUCCUCAAGGCAUUGAGAAAAGAGCUGUAUAUACAACCUUAUGAAGAUAUCGAUUGGCUUUCUUGUCGGAGCCUUAUCUCGGAAACAGACUUGCAUUCCCCUCACCAUCCGGCCCUCAAAUGCGCAUUCAUAAUGCUGUCAUACUGGGAAAAAAUCUGUCCACAAAGACUGAGAGAAAUGGGUCUAAAUCACGUUCAUCAACUUUGUAGAAUGGAAGAUGAGGAUACGGAUUUCAUACACCUGGGACCAAUCAACAAACUGUUCAAUCUCUUGGUCUGCUGGGACCGAGACGGUCCUGGAAGCAAAGCAUUUGUGAGACAUCAGCGUGGAUUAGGAGACUAUUUAUGGAUGACAAAUAAAGGAAUGUUUAUGAUGGCGACCAAUGGAUCACAGUUAUGGGAUUUAUCGUUCAUCACUCAAGCAGUUGUAGAAAGCGGGAUAGCUGAAACUGAAGACAAACCCAGUCAAGAAACGCUAGUGAAAGCCCUUGGUUGGCUUGAUAGAUGUCAAAUUCUGGAAAACCCUAAGCAUUACCAUAAUUCUCACCGCCACAGGACUCGUGGAGCGUGGCCUUUUAGUACCAAGAAGCAAUCAUAUACCGUUAGUGAUUGCACGGCUGAAGCUUUGAAAUCUGUAAUGUUGCUUCAACAAGAGCUGAACUAUACUCCCGAAUUAGUGACAAAAGAGCGUCUUUAUAUGGCGAUUGAAGUAAUCUUAGGCCUUCAAAACUCCGAUGGGGGAUUCGCUUCAUAUGAGCUAACACGAGGACCAAAGUGGUUAGAAUGGCUGAAUCCAUCGGAGCUGUUUGCAAAUGCAAUGAUAGAAUAUAGUUACACCGAAUGUACAACUGCUUGCUUAACUGCCAUGAGUAUGUUUACAAAGUACCAUCCAGAAUUUCGAGAUUCCGAGAUAAAACAGGCCAUUCAUUCAGCACUUAAAUUUGUUCAUUCAACCCAGAGGGAGGACGGAUCAUGGCACGGAUCCUGGGGAGUUUGCUUCACAUAUGCAACCAUGUUUGGUCUCGAAUCACUCUCCGUGAAUCAAGAAAACUACGAAAACAGUACCCGAGCCCAAAAGGCAUGCAAGUUUUUGCUAGACAGACAAAUGGUAGAUGGAGGUUGGAGUGAAAUGUUUGAGUCAUGUGCCCAGAAAUUUUACAUGCAGGGUACGGAAUCGCAGGUUGUUCAAACCUCUUGGGCCAUCUUGGGAUUAUUGGCAGUCAAAUACCCAGAUCAUCGCCCCAUCAAAAGGGCUUGUAAGCUGCUUAUGGAUAAGCAAAAGCUGUCUGGUGAUUGGGAAGAUCAUUCAAUCGCAGGUUCCUCUAACGAAACCAUCAUUGUGACCUAUCCUCUGUUCAAUUUCUCUUGGCCGAUUUGCGCUUUAGGAAAAGCUUACAAGCAGUUUGGAGACCUCUUGAUUGACGAUGGCAGAACAGAAUAGGCCUAUGGAGUCAUGAUCGAGUUGAAAUACAAUAUCCAAAACCUCAACGACACCAACUUGUGGUUUUUGAAUCGACAUUUU